UUUUUUUUUUCUCUUUUACAACAUAUUUUUUCCUUGUCAAACAUCAUGUCAAAUAGAGAGGGAAGUUCAAAAGGUCAAAAGCCUUCAGCCAUUUCUAAACAAGUACUGAAAUCUAAUCCGAUUCCGCAAUCUGUUCACAAUACAAAUGCAGCGACUGUCGACAACAAUCAUAAUGCAGUACGUGGUAAACCCACACAACCACUUCGAAGUACCAAAGUGUCUCAAAAACUAGUUUUAUUCCCGCAAUCUUCAGCUGAUGAUGCCGAUACAACUAUGAAGUCCACCUUACCCAUCGAUGCGCAUCCUAGCUCCUCUUCGGAUACCACCAUGGGUAUGGAAUACUUGGAAGAAGAACAACCCCUUCGCACCUCCAUGGACGACCAUCAGCAUCAACAAUGGCAGGAUGAACAGCGUCAACCACGUACGGCUGGCGUUCCUUUACCUAUUGAAUGGACUUUUGGCUCACGUACACCUGCUGAACGCAUGACCAAAGAUGAACGAGAGUUAGCUCUGUUACCUAGAGCUGCUGCUUAUUGUACAGGUGAAGGAUACGAUUUGACUCGUCUUCGGCCAUUUUUACGACAACAUCAUCGUGUAGCACCUCGUUUAUAUGAUGAAUGUCUUUAUGCAGCCUAUCAUUUCCCCUUGAGAACCUUACGUCCGGAUAAGGAUAACUUGUAUAAUAUCAAGGUGCGAAGUAAUGUACCGAAAGCACCACAUCGUCAUAACACCAACGAUGAAGAAGAGAUGGAUUAUGACGAGGAUCAUUUCAAUAUGACUGCAGAAGCUCCUACGAUUGUUCAACCUAGACCUGGUCAGCCUUUCCCUGAAUAUUACAUGAAGGAAGAACAAGAAGAUGAAGUAAGGCAGCAACAAGAACAAGAACAACGGCUUUUAGACGAGUUCCAAAAGCAACAAGAAGAAGUACCCGAAGGUAUCUUUGAUAAUCCAUUCAGUCAAGAAAAUGAUAUACCCAUUUCUUCUCCCCCAUUACUUUCUCCUACGGUGGAACAGGAAGAAAAGGAACUUAAGCCUGUACGUGAACCCUUCAAGGGAGGCGAAGUAUUCAUCUUUGAUUAUGGUGUGGUUGUCUUUUGGAAUUUCAGAAGAGCAGAGGAGUUAUUAAUGUUGGAGGAUUUUAUGCAGUUCUCGAUCGAACCUUUCCGUGAUAACCCAGAUGAGGAUAUGCAGAUUGAAGAAAUUCAUUUCCAAUAUGAUACAUCACAAAUGAAGCCUCGUAUCUUUAAUGAUAUGAUCACUUUAAAAAGUAGUAAUCAUAUGAUCAAACUCACUCUAUCUCACGGAUUAUCGCAAAGUGCUGUCGUGGCAAGAUACGAAGAUAUCAUGGAUAAAACCAUUGAAGAUACCAAACACUUACCCAAGGAAAUGGCAGAGACAGGAAGAUUGGGUAAAACACGUAGUGAAAUCACAAAGAUCAAUGGCCAGCUAUUUACUUUGCGUAUGAAUGUGAACCUUGUCUCUAACGUAUUGGAUACACCCGAGAUCUUUUGGUCGGAACCUGCUUUACAACCUAUGUAUACAGCCAUUCGAGAGUAUUUGGAAAUCCCACAACGUGCCAAAAUUUUGAAUGAUCGUCUUCGUGUAAUUUCUGAUUUAUUAUCCAUGCUUCGAGACCAUCUCACGAAUUUCGGAGUAGAGUAUCAAACAUUGAUUAUUAUUUAUCUGAUCAUUGUUGCUGUCAUUGUUGCCUGCUUUGAAAUUGCUGUCAAGAUUUUACAAUCCAUUAAAGUGAUUUAAUCGUAUCAAAUAAAAGAAAUGAAAAAAAAAAAAAGAUAUAAGACAUAUAUAAAUUACAUAAAAAAUUAAAUAGGGAGUGAUUUCACUUUGAUUAAACC